AUGGGAUAUCUCUCUAAACAAUGCAUGGAGCUGAGGAAUAGGAGGAGUUGCAAGCGCUUGUGUACUUUGUUAAAUGAGUCAAAACCAGUUCUAGGAAUGGUGUUGGCAAGCAUUGUAGGUGCGGUAUUGAACAUACUUUACAAACUAAUCGCUAUUGAUGGAAUGAACAUUAGGAUCUUCAUCGCCUACCGCCUCAUCAUUGCCACUGCCUUCUUGGUGCCUCUUGCUUAUGUUGUUGAAAGGAACAAAAGACCAAAACUUACAUGGAUUAUACUACUGCAAGCAUUUAUGUGUGGUUUAUUUGGGGUGAUAUUGUCUCUUAACUUAGUCAUGGAGAGCAUAGCAAUGGUAUCUGCUACUUUUUCUGCUGCAAUGAGUAAUCUGGUACCCGCCAUCACCUUCAUAAUGGCAGUAUGCUUGAGGAUGGAGAAAUUGGCCAUAAAAACUGUUCCGGGGGCGUCGAAAGUUGUUGGCUCAUUAGUCGGAAUCGGAGGGGCGAUGGUCUUCACACUCUACAAGGGGGUAAUGAUACAAAUAUGGUCUUCACAUCCAGACCCUUUUCAUAUGAACAAAAGCAUUUCUUCAUCACACGCUAAUCACCCAAGUAAUCCAGCCUUGGGCUCUAUUUUAGCUGUAAUCGGUUGUUUUUGCGGUGCAACUUGGUACAUAAUUCAGGGCAAAAUGAGUAAAACAUACCCAUGCGUACUGUCAUGCACAGCUCUAGUCUCUGCAAUGGGAACAAUCCAAUCCGUCAUCUUGGCCUUGUGUACGGAAAGAGACUGGAGUCAGUGGAAGCUGGGUUGGAAUAUUAGACUUCUCGGAGUUGCGUAUGCGGGAAUAGUGACUUCAGGACUCUCAAUGUGCUUGACGUUUUGGUGUAUAAACAUGAGAGGGCCAUUGUUUGUAUCAAGUUUUAAUCCUGUCAUGCUCAUAGUCGUAGCCAUUUUGGGCUCUUUGCUGCUUCAAGAGAAGUUGUUCGUAGGAAGCAUACUUGGAGCGCUGCUAAUUAUAUGUGGAUUAUACGUACUUAUAUGGGGUAAAAGUAAGGAAAUGAAGAAGCCGAUGAGAGUCGAACCUGUACUCGAAACUCCGCGGCCGUCGGAAUCUCAAGCUAUUGAAAUCGUUACUUCAACGUCUCCUACAGAGCCUGGCGUUAACAAUAGUACUCUUCAUGAUAACAACAAUAGUACAAGGGAUAAUCGGUUCUUAUAUUGCUGCUGGACACUAUGA